AUGCUACUUCCAGAUAAUUAUUCCACUGUUUGGACAACAAUUAUCUCCAGCGAAAAACCAUGCACAGUUAAAGUUUCUGAGCAUGCAACACUCCAUAUAACAAAUCUUUGCGUUGGCCGCGAAGAAUAUACUCCACAAACAGGACGCCUCGUUCUUUAUGCUAAAGUUAACGAUCAAGAUGAAGUUGCACUCAUUCCAUUUACAUUGGGCUCAUUUGAAUCCUCCCAAGUUGAUUUCAAUUUCAAUGAAGGAGAUGUUAUUGUAUUUACAGUUAAAGGCGCUAAAGCUUCAGUUCAUGCAUCCGGAUUUCUAACAGGAUUGCUUGCAAUUGAUAUCGAAAAUGCAAGAGAGCCUCUUAUUAAGAAUGAAGUUAAGGAAGAAGAAAAGUAA